ACUUCUGUAAGCAUGCGCAGUGGGCCAUCUGACAAAUCAUGGCGGCCUCCAGUGAGAGUUCGGAGUGCAGCGAGAGCACUUUGAGAAGAAGGCGCGGAGAGCCGCUGAGCUCCGAAGACAACACAGCUGACAGCACCCAAGAAGCGUCACAGGAGGACAAACCCAAAUAUGACAAGACAGAGAAUGCUGCUCUCAGUCCAGGCACAUACUGGCUCACCAGAAUCGUGCUGCUGCGUGCUAUUGCUUUCAUCUACUUUGUGGCGUUCCUCGUGGCGCUGCAUCAGAAUAAACAGCUGAUCGGGGAGCGAGGCCUAAUGCCAGCCAAGGAUUACCUGCGCAGUGUGAAGCGCUAUGUGGGCGGCCAUAUUGGUCAGGCUGCGCUGGCAUACACGCCCUCACUGCUCUGGUUCACCGACUGGAGCAACAUGGACGCCAAUCUGGACGGCAUGGCGCUGGCGGGGCUGGCGCUGUCUGCCUUCGUGCUGUUGACGGGCAGAGCCAACAUGGUUAUUAUGGGAUGCCUCUGGGUGCUGUACCACUCCAUCGUCAACGUGGGACAGCUGUGGUACUCCUUUGGUUGGGAGAGUCAGCUAUUGGAGACUGGUUUCCUGGGUAUCUUCCUGGUUCCUGUGUGGAGUCUGAGUGCGUUGCCACGGCAAUGUCCCCCCUCCCUCGUCUCCAUCUGGAUGUUCCGAUGGCUCAUAGUGCGCAUCAUGCUUGGAGCAGGCCUCAUCAAGAUCAGAGGAGACAAAUGCUGGAGAGACCUCACAUGCAUGGACUACCAUUACGAGACCCAGCCGGUUCCGAACCCUCUCUCCUACUACCUCCAUCGGUCUCCAUGGUGGUUCCACCGGUUUGAGGUUCUGAGUAACCACUUCAUAGAACUCAUUGCCCCUUUCUUCACCUUCAUGGGGCGCCGCAUGUGUAUGGUCAACGGAACACUGCAGAUCCUCUUCCAGGUGGUGUUGAUCCUGAGUGGUAAUCUGAGUUUCCUCAACUGGUUGACUAUUGUCCCCAGUCUGGCCUGCUUUGAUGACUCUGCCCUCAGCUGCCUAUUUGGGCGGGGUGUGGGCGGGGCCUGGAGCACAGCACAGAAGAUACAGGAGGAGGAGUCAUCAGGACAGACUCCACCUCCAACCAAAGGUAUGCUAAUGAGGCGUGUUCUAAACGUCUCUGUGGGCGUUCUGAUUGGCUACCUGAGUGUUCCCGUAGUGAUGAACCUCGUAAGUUCUCGUCAGGUGAUGAACACCUCAUUUGAACCCCUACGCAUAGUCAACACCUACGGAGCCUUCGGCAGCAUCACCAAGGAGCGUACGGAGGUCAUCUUUGAGGGUUCCAUGACCUCUGACCCAGCCGACCCCACUGCAUUGUGGGAGGAGUACCAGUUCCACUGUAAACCAGGAGACCCCUCACGACGCCCCUGCAUCAUAUCACCAUACCACUACAGACUGGACUGGCUGAUGUGGUUCGCAGCAUUCCAGACCUAUGAGCAGAGUGAGUGGGUGAUCCACAUCGCUGGUCGGCUGCUGGCUAAUGACUCCACAGUGUUGUCACUCAUAGAACACAACCCGUUUGAAGGCCGAGAGAAACCCAGGUGGAUCCGUGGUGAGCACUACCGCUACCGCUUCACGGUGCCGGGGGGUCCGGGUGCGGCGGAGGGGCGCUGGUGGGCCCGGAGGCGAAUCGGACCGUACUUCCCCCCCGUAAACACCACCUCGCUCAGGGGGUACUUUCAAUCACGCCAGUGGCCACUACCAGAGACAUACUGACACACACACACAUGCACAACACAACACAACACAACACAACACAACACAACACAACACAACACAACACAACACACACACAAACUUGCAUACACACACAUGCACACACACUCACAAAACCACACACAUUACAACAGAGACAAUCUAUUUCCCUCCUCCGCUGCCAAAGGUUAAAUGAUGUUACAUUGUUGUACAUGUAUAAAUCUUAAUGUCCAGUCCACAUACAGCAGUUUACACUGAUGCAUGUGGGAUUAUUAUUAUUACUAUUAUUGCUGUAUUAUAAAUAAAUAAUCUUAAUAAUGUGAAGGAGUGGAGUAGAACAUGGACCAUUGUGGACCCCAGGGGUUUUUGCGUGUGUUUGUGUGUGUGUGCGUGCGCGUGCGCGUGCG